AUGCAGCCGUCUGGCACGGGCCUGCCGCCGAGCGGCGCGACGCCCCGGGGCGCCAUGGGAGCUCCGAAGGGCGGCGGCGGCGGCAAGGGCGGCGGCGGCAAGGGCGGCAAGGCCCCCAAUGGCGAGCGCCGGGUGUGGUCGCAGGGCGGCUACCAGGAGCAGCGGGCCCCCGCCGGAAGGGGCGCGCGGCCGGAGGAGGUGAGGCAGCUGCUGUCGGGGCAGGGGCUCCUGCCAGAGCCGAGGGCGGGCCAGUUGUGCGAGCAGCUGCGCGGCCUGAAGCUGGGCUACCUGCCUGGCGUCGGCGGCCCCGAGGGGGCACGGGCGUGGUCUCGGGUUAGCAAGGCGUGGUCUAUGCUCGGUGCCUCGCUCGACGGCCAGUGCGACGAGACCGAGGACGAGGUGUGGGCGGAGCUGACUGCGGCCGCGGGCGGGGAUUGGUUCGCCCAGGGGGACCCCCGGCAGGUGGAGAGGGACCUCAUGCGGCAGAACAGGUACGCCCACUACCUCUUCCUCAGCCUGCACCCCCACCUUGCCAUGCAGCGGCUGUCGCAGCAGGACCACAGUGACGAUCUGCCGCGGGUGCUGAUGGUCGCGGAGAAGCCCAGUGUGUGCAAGAUGAUCGCAGAGCACUUGUCGGGAGGCCGCAUGCGAAUGCGGAAGGGCAUGUCGAGGGCCUGCCAGAUCUACGAGCACGUGGGCUGGUUUCCUCAGGCAGGGCAGAAGUGUAGGUUCAUGACCACGAGCGUCGUGGGUCAUGUCUUCGGGCUCGACUUCAACAAGGAGGACAACCAGGGUGCGUGGAAUGACCCCUCUGUGCUGUUCCACGCGCGGACAGAGAAGAUCAUAGAGGACACCACGGCCAAGCUGAAGGUGGUGGAGCACCUCCAGGAACUCUCCAAAGAGGCGGAGUACCUCGUGCUCUGGUUAGACUGCGACCGCGAGGGGGAGAACAUCGGCUUUGAGGUGAUAGGCAUCUGUCGGGAGGACUUCCCGUCGGACGAGAACAUCUACCGGGCACAGUUCUCCGCAUUGACUGAGCCAGAGAUGAAGAGGGCGUUGAACACGCUCGUUCGACCCAACAAGUACAUGUCUAUGGCCGUCGAUGCACGUCAGGAGCUGGACCUGAAGAUCGGGGUAUCGUUCACCAGGUUCCUGACGCGCAGCCUGAUUGAAAACUGCAGGCAGAAAUUUUACCGCGACCUGAAGGUCAUCUCGUACGGUCCGUGCCAGACCCCGACGCUCUGGUUCUGUGUGGAGCGUCACCACGAGAUCCAGAACUUUCAGCGCCAGACGUUCUGGACUCCGAAGCUCACGGUGGACGUGCCUGGGGUGGGGCCCUGCCAGCUCGAGUGGGGGCAGGGGAGGACCUUCGACCCACAGGAGGCCCAGGACGUGGAGCGCACCUGCCGGCAGGCGGGCCAGGUGAUUGUGCAGGAGGUGAGGUCGGAGCAGAAGGCCGUGCGGAGACCAGUGGGCCUGAACACCGUGCAGCUGCUGAAGGCCGCCUCCACGGGUAUGGGCAUGUCGCCUGUCGUGGCCAUGAAGAACGCGGAGCACCUGUACACGACAGGGUACAUCUCGUAUCCCAGGACUGACCGAGUCCACCAAGUACCCCGAUUCGUUCGACAUGGCCGAGGCAAGACCGCCAGCUACAUCCUCAACAACAAUCCGAUGAUCCGGCCGCCCACCUCUGGCCACGACGCUGGGGACCAUCCCCCGAUCACGCCGAUGAGGUGUGCACCGCGCGGGGAGAUCACCAAGGGGAAGGAAUGGAAACUCUACGACUACAUCGCGAGGCACUUCAUCGCAUCACUGAUGGACGACUUCCAGUAUGUGGAGCACCAGAUGGUUGUCGUGGUUGGCAACCGCUACCAGGCGGGGGGUCGGCGGACACUUGGCACACCGUGCAGGAGCGCGGUUUCUUCUUCGCCAUGCCGUGGAAGCAGAACGACCUUCACCUCAACGAGACGGGGGCUGUCCGGGACGCGCGCCCUGGGCAGGCGAUGCGGAUCAAGGGCGUGAGGAACGAGGACCGAGGAUUUCACGCGCCCGCCGGACUACCUCAAGGAGAGCGAGCUCAUCGAGAAGAUGGACAGGCAGGGCAUCGGCACCGACGCGUCCAUCCCGCAGCACGUCCAGAACAUCCUGGACCGUCGGUACUGCCAGGUCUGCGGCCCGGGGGACGACGGGUGGCCUGGCAAGCCGAUACCGACCGAGGAGAGCAGUUGUGGAAGAUGAGGCAGAAGAACCCGAACGAGAGAAUAGAGAUGCCCAAGUCGCGGCACAUGGUCCCUUCCGGCCUCGGCCUCGCGCUGAUCGGUGCACGCUCCGGGGCCCCCUGCCUCGCUCCCCUUCGGGCUCGGGCCCGGGCUGGCGACCUCUGCCCCGUCCAGGGUGUGGGGUGGGUGACACGGUGGGAGCCUGGCCCGCUCGUGGUGGGGCUGGCGAGCCGCUCGCCACCCCCCUCCUUUCCCUCCUCUGCCUCGUCCCCCCUCCCUUUCGUGCUCCUUCCCAC